GCGGGGAGCGCGGCCCUCGCAGCGCGCCGCCGCCUCCUGCGCGCCCGGCUGCCCUGCACCGCGGCUUUCCUUUCUCCCCUUUUCCUUUUUUGUUUUUUGGUUUUGUUUUGGUUUUUUUUUUCCUCUUAUCCCCCUUCCCUCUCGGGACUGGAAGCAGAAGCCGCGUCCUUGAAAUUGCUAUGCCAGCUGAACUCUCCCGGGCCGUGGGAAUGCACGCCAUCUCCGACCUCCACUCCUCCCUCCCCCUGCGGCUCCUCAACAAGGGGCCCGAGUACCUCCGCAGGCAGCUGGAGGCCGGCAAGCCGGGCAGGAAAAGUGCGGUGGAGAGACUGGCCGCCGAUAAGGCCAAGUACGUAAAGAGCCAGCAGGUGAUCAGCACCAGGCAGGAUCCCGUCAUCGCGCUCAGCUCAGCCUCGGAGAGCAGCAGCGAGACCUGCUCCGUGGAGAGCAGAGCAGCGAGCAGGGAGCUGGGCACGGGCACGAAGGCCCUGGAGCUGGGCAGGGCGGUGAGCUCCUGCCGAGCCCCCCUGCAGCACGGCCCCCCCAUCGCCAGGCGCAGCACCAGGAGGCAGAUGCGGCCGGAUUCCCUGGUGAUCUACCGUCAGAAAUGUGAGCUCGGGAGAGGUCAAAGCCAGGACAGCUCACGGGGGAAUUUGGUGAGGAGGAUCUUCCAUGGGCCCAUAAAGGAGAAGCAGUUGGCUUCCCCCGAGUUGCCCAGAGUCAUGGAGGACGUCGCAGCCACCGAGAGCUAUGAACCUCUCUCGGCAAAAGAUGGUGACCGUGAGCCCAGUGACCAUGGAGCGGUGCAGACUACCACUGUGAGCACUGAAGGGGAAGGAGUAUGUAUAAAAGAGCAUGAGGGACCCUCAAAACUGAGUACACCUCCUGAAGAGGUCAAGGAGGUGAAGAGGAGAGGUCUCCAUCGCUCCCAGUCAGACAUCAGCUCUCGCUACUCCAAGUCCUUCGCUGAGUUUGAAACGUUUUUCAAGUACUGUGGCCUGGAGCAGGAGGUCAUUGAGGAUCUUGGGAGAGAGAACUUCUCCGUGGUGUCUGACAAUGUCUCCUUCAAGAUCCGCAGCAUCAGCGUGGCAACAUCGGAGAGUGAGUUCACGAGGCACAGUGGGGAUGAGGGGCUGCUGGAGGACGAGCUCACCGAGCAGGUCCCCAGCAGCACCUCUGUGAUUGAGCGCAACGCUCGGAUUAUCAAAUGGUUGUACACCUGUAAGAAAGCCAGGGAGACCAGCAAGGUGAUCCAGGAACUGGCAUGAUGGCUUCAUUCAGCAUGCGUUGGAGCCUGGUGAGCUCAAGAAUUUCUGACUUGGAAGGUGAACAUAACCAGACACAGGAAGAAACUGUUCCCUCAUCUGGCUUAUGUGUACUUUGUCCAAGUUUAGUAUUUUGUUAUUGCUUCCUACCUUCACCCCCACCCCCUGGAAGCCUCACUCUUGUCAAGCCCAAGGGUGUCCAAGGUUGCAAUGAAAAGUGGAGAUUGUGAGCUGUGCCCCUGCAAGACAGCAGGAAACAAAAACCCCUGGAAAAGCAAAGCGUGGCAGGAGCUGCCAUCCACAGUAAUAUUCAACAUCAGCUCACUGCCUCAGGAUGUCAUUCCAGGCUGUGACAGAAGGUCUGUUUUGUGCACCCAUCUCUUUCCAGCAAUGAAUUUGUCAACAAGGAUGGGGGGAGAAAGUGGGAAUGAAGUGGCAAUGACCUGUGGGUCAGGUGUUUCCUUGCAGACAGACUGUUCAAAGGCUCUCCCUUACCAGGGCUGUUUGAUCAGAGCUCACCCUGACGUCAUUCACCAUCAUUUGCUUGGCUGCUGAGGGAUAGCUGACAGCCUUAUCUGAGACACUGGGCAAACAUGCUGUAAACUCUAUCCCUGCCAAGCCUCUCUUUCUCUGAGAGCGUGCAAGCCAAAUUGGUGUACCUUGUAUCCAUCUAGUUUGCUCUUGCUAGUUUGUCACACAGCUUGCUCAGCCUUUGGGAAAGAAUAGCACCAAGUUCUUCCAGGAGCAUGGUUCCAAGAAACAGGUUUUGAGGGAGGUUUUGCAUUGUUUCUGCCUUGCAGAAUGGUACAGUUUGUUUGCAAUGUUUGCCUGACUCUGACAUGGAAACAUUGCAAGGUUUGGCAGUCGUGGUGCAACAGCUUUAGUUUUAGGCAGUGUGUGACCAAGCUCUUAGAGAAUGGCAUUAGGGAGCUGUGCAAGGCAAGAGGGCAUGUUAGGGCACAGCAGGCCAGGGAAUGUCCUGAUGACACCCAGUGUAGACAACACCUCACUCAAUGUCCUCAGAAAAAUGCUUCAUUUGGGCUGCCAGAGCUAAAGAUGUUUUAAAAGGUGAUACUUGGAUUAUUAGUGUGGUGAAUGAGGCCUCUGCAGUACCUCAUGGAAUUUUCUGGCUAUGCCUCAAACACCCUAAUGUGUCAUUGCUUGCUAGAAAAUCAAAGCAUUUCGAUGUGGACAUUACAAACCACAAAACAAUGCAAAAAAAAAUAAAAAAAAUAAAAUCCAAAGUCACUUUCCCUUUCAUUUGCAGUGAUACCCAUCUGUGAAAGCUGCUUGACUGGCAUAAUGUAGACUUUAGCUGCUGGUCCUGCAGAGGUGAAAAGCUUACUUUAUGUUACCAUGGUUGUGGAAGAGUUGCCCUUGAAGAGCUCGUUGACAUCAGCUAGAUAUCAUCUGAGUUGCACUUCCAUGGAUUUUAAAUGUGCUUGUCAGUCCUUGGAUGGUUAGUUCUCAAUUACAGCACCAGUUUGGGCAUGCAAUAUCUUCUGUUUCUAGUGUUAGGUACUAAGGCCUAUAUGUCUGAGGUUCUUAAGAUAACUAAAUAACAAUUCCAGAUAAAAUAAUUGUUGAACCCACUUUUCAGUUGGGAGAAAAUGAAAUAGUUUGUGUAAGCUCCUUCAAACUUAGAGAGAAGGUAGUAUAUGUGGAUAUUUUCUUACAUAAUGAAAUCUCCAUAUAUAUUUGUUACAUUAUUAUAAAAUAAUGAUUCUCAGAAAACUUCAAGAUGCUGCUAAGAAAAUUUAUACACUGAAGGUGCAGGUUUUUAAGGAUCACAGUCUAGGUUUAUUAGUCAGGAACAUAAUCUGAUCUAUCUGUUCUAUUCAUGCUCCCAGCAAGAUGCUGUACCACAUAUAUAUUUAUAUAUCAGGGCUAAGGAAUGCUUUUCUUUGAAAACAUGGAUGACUGUAGACAGCUCAGAGUGCAGGAAAUAUCUUUUGAGUUACAAUCCAGUGCCCUGCCACAGGAGAAGAGAAUUAAUUUGUUUUUUUUCCAAGGAAAUUUUUUGUUUAAUUUUCAAACUUCUAUUUGCUGUUCCUCUUGUCAGUUGAGCAGCUUUCAGAAGUUAAGAUGAAAGAUGUAUUACUCACGAGAUUUCAAUAUUAGGAAGGAAUAUGUCUAAUUUGCUUGAAAAUACUGAACAUCAACCUUUCUGAAAAUCAAUGUGGGUUUCAUGGCAGAGGUUAGUGAAAUCAGAACUGGACUCAUUUUGAAUACUUUUUAAAUCCCUCUUUUUGUCUUUGUGGAUAGUUCAGUAGAGUUCAAGUGACUUUCCACACUGGUGUGGCAGAAUUUCCCUGGCUUUGUUCAUAUUCUGUAGGAAUCCCAAGCACUCCCAUUUAUUUUAGAGGUGAUGUGGACUUGUCUAAGAUCUUUGCCUGAUAAGCUAUAAAUUCCCUUUAUUUAAUAAUACCUCUGGGGAAGCUAAUAAUUUACAUUUCCUAUAUGUCAGAACAAAAAUAGAUGACAGUCUUUCCCCAUAUGUUUUGGGAACGGGUAAUUCAGUGUUUUUUCCAAAUGAUGAGAGCUCUGGUGUUCAUUCCGCUCCUGUUACUGUUACAUGUAAAGGGUUUUCCUUUCUUCUGCUGGGUCAUUCAGUCACAUCCUUCAAAACAAGAAGAACUUGCUAACUAGUUAGCCACUACCUAUCUUUUUCUCAAAAAAUAGAAAUCAUCAUUUUUUGGUUUGGCGCUUUUUUUUUUACUAUUUGAUUAUAAAAGAUAUUUUUUGGGACAGGUGGAAUUUUUCAGCUUUGGUGUUAAGCUGUGGAAAAGUGGGCUGUUGCAGUUUGAACAGAAGUUUUAGCAACAGAACUAGUUUUCCAAUUGUCUGGGGAGCCUAAAAUAGUGGCUGAUAACAAAGGCUAGUCAUAAAUUGAAUUAUUUUGACUAGAACUAUGUAAACAAAAUAGUCAAAUGGGGUGCAAGUGUGCAGAACAAAUUGCUGUUUACAUCCAAGUGUUUCAUGGUUCUCCAGUGCUGUAACAAAGGGCAAUGUCCACUGCUGUGGCAUAACAGGAAAAAGGUACAAAGUCUGGGGUUUAUGGCCUGGAAUAUGGAGGCUGAAAUCUUUGCAAUAUAUUGUAAAUACUACUGUACAGAAAUCUAUAAGAAAUACAGAUUUUUCUAUAUGUAUAUUACUUUUCUAAGGGGUAUAAAUCUACACGUUUCAUGAAAUUGGCCAAGUGUUACAUCAGUGGGGAUUAAGCAGAAACUUCCUUCUGGAGCAGGUUGUCCUGCCAGUGCCUCCUGUGCAGCUUCUUGCAUCUGCUUUUGAAUCCUUAGAAGUGGAAUACUGGCUGGAUCUGAUACGGAUGUUUCACCAUUGUUAUGCUUAUAUUCCUGUGAAAAAAACCACGUGCUAUUGAAUGCAUACAAAUAAAACUACCACUCUGAGAGGUAAUGCUUGUUUAUUUAAAGUAUACUUGUAUAUUGCUAUCUCCAUUAAAGUGCUAUUAUUUUAAA